GGCAAGAGAAUGGGUGGUAUAACAUCAGAAUAUAGAGGUGUUAGAAAGAGGAAAUGGGGUAAAUGGGUGUCCGAAAUCCGUGAGCCAGGAAAGAAAACGAGGAUAUGGCUAGGGAGUUUUGAGACAGCGGAGAUGGCGGCGGCUGCAUAUGAUUCAGCUGCAUUUCACCUCAGGGGACAUGUAGCUAAGUUAAAUUUCCCAGAGUUGAUUGAACAUUUCCCUAAACCAGCAAGUUCUUCCCCUGAAGAUAUACGUUUGGCUGCACAACAGGUUGCAAUUACAGUUCAAAACACAAAUUUCAUGGCUUCUACUAGUCAUGGCCAUGAAGCACCAGUUACAGUAGGACUAUCUCCAACACAAAUUCAAGCUAUUAAUGACUUUCCUAUGGAUUCACCAAAUAUGUGGACUACUCAUGAAGACAUAAACUUUACUUAUGAAAUGAGUGAUUACCAAGAAAUGGAUGAUUGUCUUUGGGAUUACUCAUCAACUAACUCAUUUUAGAGGCCUAAUUUUAAAGGUUCACUAUUCUAUUUUACAAACAUAUAUUUAAUUAGAGUGUGUCAUGUUUGUACUAAUUAACUUCCAUAGAUGGUGUGCCAUUAUAUUAUUUAAGGUUGUUCAG